GGUGUUUGGUUCAUGGAUGCGGAUACUUGCUGGUCCCCUAGAGGACCCCAAAACAUGAAAAAAAGUCUUCUACGGCAUGGUCGAAUUCUCAACCUAAACCGAGUUAAGUAGAAUUUACUGUUUUCAGGAGUUUCUACACUAAAAUCGAUUUAUCUCAUGAUUGUGAUCAUGAAAAGCUUCGCUUCUGAUUUCAUGCGAAAGCUGAGUAAAUUUCACGAUAAAAAAUGAUUUUUGAAAUUUUUUAAACUUUACUUAAGUCUGCCUACAGAGCCUUUACUUUUUUUUCUUGCCCUGGUGUUGUUAGUUUUUUGCAUUUAUUUUGCGUAAAUGGCAGGUAAAUGGUUUGUUUUAUGUAUCAAAACGAUGCUCCUAGAUCCCCUCUACAAAUCUCUCUAAAUAACCAUUUCCCGAUUUCGUUUCCUAAAGCCGCUAUUUUAAUUUUAUUGGUGAAAAAAAUCGAAGCCAGAAAACCUGACAUGGUAUCUUAAUAAAUCAAACCGACGCCUGUCAGAGCAUCGCGCAAAGCAUACUUGAUCGACGCGCGCGCGCGGCCGCGUGUUUGCUGGAAGGAGGGUGACAGUAAGAAAACAAACCACGCAGAUGAAAAUUUAAAUAAGGAAGCUUGAAACUGCGUCAAAAAUGCCGGAACCAUCAAACGAAGAGCUGCGGAAAGGCAUCGCAUCUAUUCUAAAGGAUGCCAACCUUGGAGAAAUCACUUCUCGCAUGGUGCGCCUGCAACUGGAAGUAAAUUUCACUUGCGAUCUGUUGCCGCGAUUGUUGGAAGUGGACAAUCUGAUUAUGGAGUUGGUGAACGCCCGGAAGACCACGGAAGCGGAAAAAACAAUUACCAGUGAGAAGGGCAACCGAACAGCUUUGGUCGAUUGUGGUGCACCACCUAGCAAGAUAAGGAAGGUGUCCGUUCCAGUUGAACCUCAAUCUGAGGAAGUACAAUCGAGUGCCAGUUCGAAAUCCAACUCCCGGCUGUGCAAACUAUCUCCGGAACUGGCCGCAAUCUGUGGUGCCGACAUGCUGCCUCGCCAAGAUGUCAUCACGAAAGUGUGGGCAUUUAUUAAGGAUCGCAAUCUUUACGACCCAAAGAACGGACAGUAUGUCAUCUGUGAUUCGGAGCUGCAAAAGGUCAUCGGUGUCAAGCGGUUUCGAACCUUCGGAAUGCUCAAGUAUCUCAAGCCGCACUUUCUGUCCUGACUAACUUUAAAGUGAAUGUAAAUUUACUUUUUGCGAAAUCUGUUUGUGAAAUAAAUAAUAUUAUGUUUAAGCAACUGAUUUUUUUUUAAAGAGAUUGUAUCAUUUAAUUUCUUAACACUGGAACACCCAACGCAUGCCCAACUUACACGGACGCCCAAGCCUCCCAAAAAAGGUGGAACGGUAACUUCAACUCGCUGGUUCUCGGGCAUUACUCAACCAAUCGGGACGAUUCUUAGUUCCAGUGAUUUGUAAGGAUGUCUAGAUGAUCCUAAAAUUUUGCAGAACAAAUUUGUAAUUUCUGCGACCGAAAACAUCGUUCCACCUUUUUUGAAACGACUGUCUUCGCGGAAUUUUUGUCGAUUUUUUUUUGACGCGCGAAAAAAAAAAGUUGGAGCGAUGUUUUUGAUCGCAAAAAUUACAGAUUUGAUCAAAUUAAGUUCUGCAAAGUUCUAGAAUCAUCUAGACAUCCUAACAAGUCACUGGAAAAAAUAAUCUUCUUGAUUAGUUGAGUUAUGCCCGAGAACCAGCGAGUUGAAGUUACCGUUCCACCUUUUUUGGGAGGCUUGGGCGUUGGAAAGUUAAGUAGUAUUUUCUAAUUCAGAGUUGUUCAAGAGAAGCCCAAAACAUAAAAAAAACUACAUUUGACGGAUAGAAAUCCUGUUAGCUUUUUCGGUAACUCUAUGUUUUUGAAUUUGUAAACAUUGAAAUGUUUCCAAAAUCAUCAAGAAAUUUCAGAAUUCGAACAAUAACAUUUCAUGGCUUACGAAUUCGAAAACAUAGAGUUACCGAAAUGCUUACUAGAUUUCUAUCCGCCAUGACCGUGGUGUAGGGGUAGGCGUUAUUGCCUCUCACCUAGUCGGCCUGGGUUCGAUCCCAGACGGUCCCGGUGGCAUUUUUCGAGACGAGAUUUGUCUGAUCACGCCUUCCGUCGGACGGGAAGUAAAUGUUGGCCCCGGACUAACCUAAAAAAAAAAGGUUAGGUCGUUAGCUCAGUCUAGGUGUAGGAGUCGUCUCCCUGGGUCCUGUCUCGGUGGAUUCGCUGGUAGGCAGUUGGACUAACAAUCCAAAGGUCAUCAGUUCGAAUCCAAGGGUGGAUGGAAGCUAAGGUGUAAAAAGAGGUUUGCAAUUGCCUCAACAAUCAAGCCUUCGGAUACUUAGUUUCGAGUAGGAAACUCGCAAUCGAGAACGCCAAGGCAAUUUUGAUUUUUUUUUAUUUCUAUCCGUGUAAGUGCUUAAAAAUCUAUCUUCUAAUAAAC